AAACACCAGAGAGAUGGAGGAGGCAGACAGCGGCCAGCCGCCAGAGCCUGGCAAAAGGAAGGCCGCUGCUACUGCUACACUCAAUAUAUCAAAGAAAAGCGGCACGCGUAUGAAAAGAGUCUCGUCGAUUUUGAGGAAAAAGCAUGAAUCCUUAACCGCAGAGGACAAGCGUGUACUAGAAGAAAAUGCUGAACUUGUUGAACAAUAUAAUAAAAGGAAAGAAAAGCGUGCAGUAUGGCUGUCUCGCAAAACAGAACUGGAGGAUUCCGCAGAGGAAUUAGAGGAGAAGUGCAAACAGAUGGCCCAGGCUAUUCAUGAUGCUGAAUUUCUUGUGGUUUAUACUGGAGCGGGGAUAUCCACUGCAGCGUCCAUCCCAGACUAUCGAGGUCCUAAUGGAAUCUGGACUCUUCUACAGAAGGGUCAAGAUAUUGGGCAUCAUGACUUGUCUGCAGCUGAACCAACUCUCACGCACAUGGCCUUGUCAGCGUUAUACCAUCAAGGCAUAGUGAAACAUGUAGUCUCUCAGAACUGUGAUGGUUUGCACUUACGGUCUGGUUUACCUAAAAGUGCUAUGUCAGAGGUGCAUGGAAAUAUGUACAUAGAGGUUUGUAAAAACUGUGUGCCAGCGAGAGAAUAUGUAAGGACCUUUGAUGUUACAGAGAGAACGUCAACUUUUAAACACACAACCGGGCGGCGCUGCUAUAGAUGUGGUGAACCCUUAAUAGAUACCAUUGUACAUUUUGGUGAGCGUGGAAAGUUGAGAUGGCCUCUGAACUGGCAAGGAGCAUGUCAAGCUGCUAAUGCUUGUGAUACAAUCUUGUGCUUAGGGUCUAGCUUAAAGGUGUUAAAGAAGUAUCCGUGGCUUUGGCAAAUGGACCGUCCUCCAAAGAAGAGGCCAAGUUUGUAUAUCGUAAACUUACAGUGGACUCCGAAGGACAAGGAUGCAACCCUUAAGAUAAAUGGGAAGUGUGAUGUGGUCAUGGCCCUAGUUAUGAAGGCAAUGGGGUAUGAACUACCCUAUUACUGUCGUGCAAACGACCCUAUCUUCUACUUGGCAACCCCACUUCACGAAGCUGAGGUUAAUAUAUCAACUCGUCCUCAACUGGUCCCUCCAUCAGAAGAUGAUGAGGAACCAGAUGUUGAAAAUGUCACUGAUGAUAAAUCCAAGGAAUGCACAACAGCCACUUCUCAGGCAUCUGAAGGUGAUGUUAGAUGGAAAGACAGUGAUGGUAAUAUUGUGGAGGAAAAUAAAAGGAGAAAAGUUGAGGAUGAUGAGGAAAAGUUUUCAGAGAACAAGGAUCUUUUGAUAAAAAGUGAAUCAGAAUCUCCUGAAGAUAUAAAAACUGAGGUGAAAACUGAAAUAAAGAAUGAGUUGGACUGUGUUAAAAGUGAGUCAAAAGAUGAUGUUGGUCAUGUUAAUGGGAUUUGCACUGCUUUGGAUUUGACAAACUAUAAUUUAUGUAAGAGAGAAGAUGCCACAGAUUGUAGUACUUUAAAUAUGAAAAAUGAAGAACCUAUCAAAACUGAACAGCAGUUUAAUGAAGUUGAAUCUGAAAAUCAUGGUAACAAUGGCGAUGCUUGGACUUGCGGGUUUGGGCAGCUGUACAAAGCACUGAUGAGUAAAAGUAUUGAUUUGAACGAACCCUAUUCCACAACCUUCAGAGAGAGCAUGUUAGCAGAGGAAGUCAAGAGUGAAGCUUCAGAGAAUGAAGUCAAUGCAAUGUCUUUAGAGGAAUCUCUUGAAGAUGACGACGUGAAAAGUGAAGCCUCAGAUCGAGGGGCUGCAAUAGAAUCUUUUGAAGAUUCAUUGGAAGGUGAUGAAGGGAAAAGCCAACCACUUGAGGAAGCCACGGCUGACUCAAGUAUGGGUUUAGGAGAGUCCUAUGUAGAUUCUGUAGAAGAUGAUGCAAAAAGUGAAUUCUCAGAAAGUGAUGAAGAGCCUCAAACUUCUGAAGGAGAUGAUGUCUGGCUGAGUGAUGAAGCAAGUGGAAAUAUAGUAAGUCCGAGACUAGACCCUAUUAAAACCAGUGAUAGCUCCUCAGAUUCCGAAGUUAGUGAAAAAUCUGAUGAUGACUACGAGGGAGUUGAAAAUGUAAACACAAAUGUAUCUAGUGAUUCCAGUACUACAAACUACUUCAAAUUAGCUUAUGCCUCGACUAACAUUCAGAUGGCUCAGCAAGGCCGUGCUCUCCUUCAGCAGAAUGAAUUUUAUGGAACUGGCCUUUGUAUUAGAUCUUUAGGUGGUUCCAAAAACAAAACGAAUUAUGUAGGACAAUCACGUAUUGAUGCUGAGCGAAGAUCAAGUGUUGAGACACUGUCAGAAGGCCAACAGCCUCUUGAUCUUUCUCUCCCAGUAAAUUGUAAGAGUUUUGAUGCAAACCCAAACAAUUUGGAUAGACUGAACUGUAAUGAUUUAAGUGAUGUUAGAAGUACUAUUACCCAUGAGAUGUGUGCUGUUGACAAAGAGAAAAUUUCUAGUCUUCCCAGUUGCCAUAGAUCAUUGUCUAAUCCUGUACAGAGUGAUAAUCUUGCCAGUAUCAAGGGAGACUCACUGUAUGGUGGUGUUUCUGUAGAUACUUGUAGUGGUGGUACUAAGUUAGUUGAUUUCUACAAUUCUUUUAUGAGUGAAAGAUUGAAAGAUGUGUGUACUAAUUUAACUAAACAAGAAAGCUUGCAGGUUCUCGAGAACAAAUCCUUAGGUAGAAAUGGUUUUCAGGACAUGGAUAAUAGCCUCUUGGUACGAACACACAUAGUUGAUGGCAUCAUUCAAACAGCGUGUGCAGAGAGCGCUGAGGAUAAAGAUUCUGAUCCAUCUGGAAAGUCGAGUGUUCCUCUAACAAAAGUGAAAUUUCCUAGAUCCGAAUUUUUCCAACAGAAUGAACUUUCUGAAAAAGAGGAAUUGAAAGACCUUUGGUAUCAGAGUUUUUGUAACACAAGGGCAGGGAAGAAUUCAAACUCUUUAGCAAGUCAUUAUAAAGUGAAAAAUGGAAAAGUUGUGAGACAGAAGAAAGAAAAUGGACUUGAUUUCAGUGUCUCCAGAAGUGACUUAAAUUCUAGUUCUGAAAAGUCUAGUUCCUUUAUCUUGAAGGACAUAUGCGCGGAGGCAAUGAAUGAUAGUGUUGCUCGUCAGAAAGGUUCAACCAAGAGAAAGCUAAAAGGCUGUGACAAUGAGGAUGUUAAGUACAUAUGGUUUUGGGGAUUUAACAGUAAUACAGAAAAUAGCAAUAAUACUCCUGACAAGAAAUGUAUCACUUUGAGCGAUAAUUCAUCAAAUAGCAACUCAGAAAAUAUGAGAGGAUCGGAAGGUAGCGAUGGAGCUGAUAGCCCCCCUGUGGCUCGUGUUACAAGAAGUAGAACGCGAGCUUCAAGUGACUCAAAAGUGGUUGUUGAGCCAGAAGUGUUUAGGUGUCACUGUAGUGGUACUAAUCCUGAUCUGUGUCAAGUUGCUAGAGAAAGACCACCUAGGGAGAAAUGUGAAGAUGUUGAGAAAGCAAGGGAGUUGUUUAGACGAAGACGGCUUUACAACUAUCGGAAAUACGAGCCUGUGUUCGAGAAAGAACUGGAGAGCUUUACUUUUGAAAGGAGUAAAGCAAAGAGAAAAUCCAAAUUUGAGCUGAUGCAAGAACAGGAUGAAGAUGGGGAGGAGGAUGAAGAGGAGGAGCAGGACAAUGAACCGAAAGAGGAAGAACAGAAAAUGAGUGAUGUAGAGGAAGUGAAAGAGAAGGAUGAAAAGGAAGAGAAAAAGUUUGCACCUGGUUGGUAUGGGAAGGGGCUUAGAAAAGGCAUGAAAAAGAAAACAAGGAUAUGAUGAUGAAAAGUCAAAAUUGCUGUUGAAGAUUCCCUACUUUUUAGUGAGAUCCUUGUGAAUAUGAAUUAAAGUGUAGAAAGAAAUCAUUGACAAUAGCAUAUUAGAAAGCAUCCUUUUUUUUUCUUUUUUUGCUAGAUAAGCACAAUUUUUUUUCAAGGAAUAGAAAGUGAAAGUCCAUAGAAUAGGCACAAAACUGAACUGACUUUGAUAAGGAAAAUAAUGAAGCCAAAGAUUUUGUAUAUUCCUUCAAUACCAUAUAAUUUUCCUAACUUUUCUCAUGAAAGAAAUUAUUGCACUUUAUUUUUUGUUUUCUUGACAUAAUAUAAUGAUUUUCUGUAAAGAUAUGCACAGAAAGGCAUUGACAAUAACGAAGCACUAAAAUAAGGAAUAAAAUACUCAGAGUGUGGUAUAUCAACUUGUUUUUUAUGGGAUAUGCUCUUUUUGCAAGUACAGCAGAAGUAUAUUAUUGUAAACAGUCAGUCUUAAAGGUCAGUUUAGUAACUUCCAUUAGGUUCUGUGAUUUACCUAGAAUUUUUUUUAUGAUGUAACAAUAAUGUUUUAGUUGUGAAUUUACUGUAAUUUCAUUUUAUGCUCAUUUUUUUUGUUAUUGGUAGAGAUUGGAUGUCUUUCAUUCCUCACAACUAAUGUAAAUUUCUUAUACCAAUUGAAUGCUUUUGUCUAAUUUCCUUUACAUGAGUUUUAAUUGAUUUUUAGGAAUUUCUCUCCUAAAUUCUUUAUUUAAUGCAGAAAUCCUGUAUUUGGUUUGAAAGUCUCAUAAAACAUGUUUUUAUAUUGGAUACUGGCCUACAAGUUUUAAAGGUAAGGUAUUCUCAAGUAUUGUUUAUUUUCAUGUAUGCAUAUAUUUUUGGUAUUCAGAAAUAACCACUAAUGAUUCUUACCAUCUUUUUGUGUUGAAAGUUGUUUGCGUAUAAUUUUGUAUUUGUCAAUUGCAGGAGAGUACGUAUUUACAAAUUCAUGAUUUUAAAACUGUUCAUGAUUUAUGUUAAUCAAAAUGUGCUUUCUCUCUCUCUCUCUCUCUCUCUCUCUCUCUCUCUCUCUCUCUCUCUCUCUCUCUCUCUCUCUCUCUCUCUCUCUUGUGGAUUCAUAAUUUUGAAGAUUCUUGAUUUGAAUGAUGUAAAUUGAAUAUUUAAGUGAAAACUGUGAUUUGCAUAUAGUAUUCAGUGCUGUACUUUGCAGUUUAAUUGCUCAGAUGUCUACUGUUUGGACAUGUGUUGAAACCUCCCUGCUACUGUUUGAAUCAUAAAAAUGAUUGUGAACUUAAUGUGUGUAGGGUACCACAUGUUAUUAGUGAAGGGAUGUUUCAGAAGUGAUGAUGGUAAUAGUACUCUAUUAAUAAAUGGGUAGUACACUUCUGGAACGGAUAGCAAGGGAGUGUUCAUUUAUUUAAAUCAUAGGUUCAUGUAGAAUUAUUUAAACCAAACUUAUGUGGUGCAGAACGUUUGUAUAACUCAAGGAAUAAGAAACUUGAGUACGUAAUUGUAUAAUGUAGUCUAACACUAGGUGAUAGUUUACCGAAUUCCUCACAAUCACUGCCUAUAUGUAUUAAGUGUUGUGUUGUGUCCUGCUGCAGAGGUACUCAGGAAUUCUUACCUCAUUGCCAAGCACUGAUGAGAGAAAUGCUGCAGCAUCUUUGUUGCAGAAUGGGUUGCUCUUGCCUCCUGAUUGAAGCCAGUUUAAAUAGUGAUUGCUGUUUAUCAUUCCUCAUUAAUAACUUUAGCUAUUUACAAGCUACAUAUUUGUUGUGAGGAAAUAUUGUUUUAUUUAAUAAAGAAUCCAGAAUUAUGAAGCUAUACAGUACUGUACUUAGUCGAAUGGAUAUCUCAUUGUUAUGGAAAAGGCACCAGUUGCUUAAGUGAAGUAUUUUAGUAUAAUUUAGUUUUUAUAGAUUUAGAAAACUCAUUGUUUGGUGGACAAAAGGAAUAUUGUAAUUCUGUAUUUGAAUUAUUUUUUAAUGAGAAUUGAAUUAGUGGUAUGAUGUUUCAACAGCAAUGUAUAUUUCUUUUUAUGAUCACAGUUGUUGAAUGGAAGCCCUCAAGAGAAUAGGACAUACGACAGAAUUCAUAGAAUGAUCAAGAAGUAAUUGCGGGUGGGUUGCAUAAUUCUUUCCACAUUUAUUAGCAUACUAAUCUUUAUUUCUGGAGAUGCCAGUGUUCUAUUUAAUUUUGUAGACAUGUUAAUAGAUUUAGAUGCCACUGAAAGAAAUAUGAGUUACGAUACAUACAUAGUAAUUCUUGCGUAUUUCCAAUGCUGAAUCAUGUACCACUUAUCAUAUGGUGAACAGUUUAAUGAAAACUUUCUGUUGUUAGAGACCACAGCUUAUUUUAAGCAAUGUUUGUGUAUGAGUAAAUGGAAACUGCCUACUUUUUUUUUUUUAUGAUAUUCAAUUUUCGUCAUCAUUACAUACUAAUUAUGAUCACCCUGUACUGUAUGUUUGUUUUUUUCUUUAUGAAGCAAGCAUUACUAUUAUUUUACUCUUUAAUAUCAGAAUCUUUAUCAUGUUUACAGUACUGUUUUCAAAGCAGUUUUGUUCUGUCAGUCUUUGACUGUAUUUUUUGUGAUAGUUUUUAUGUUUGGUAUUAAGGAUUCCAUUCCAGGAAAUUAUGAUAACUACACAUACCAGUAUUAGCACUUUCGCUCUCAUACUUUAUCAACUUUCACUGAUAUACAAAAUGUUUAAAAAAUGACUUAACUAAUCAUUAGUCUCAUUCUCCAGACUAGGCAGAAUUACCAGAGAUAAAUGCAAUCUCAUUUUUAUUUGAAUCUACAAGUCUACAAAUAUAUCACCGGUGUAUAGUCAUAGUUAUCUUUGAGCCAUGCAUCCUAAAGCUUAUCGGGUUAAGUUAUCUUCAUAACCUUUAUUGUGUUUCCAAGACUGAGUUUGAGAAUUCAUAGCCUUUGAUAGUUAUAAAGGAUACUUUAAUGAGAUGAUUAAUCUAAAUUGCUUAACUCCCACAGGGCUGUUGAAGAGAGGAUUCAUAGUAGGAAAGAUUUUAUGUAGUUGACUGAAAAUGCUGAUGGUUUAGUGGUAAAUUAGGUCUUAAUUUGGAGGGAAAUCUUGCUAUUAGAAUGCAAAGCAACUUUAGAAUGAUGAUGAUUUUUCCAGAUUAGCUAUAGUAUAUUGAGAGGUCUUAGGAAAUGGUUCAAGGAAAGUUUUCAUACAGUAAAGAAUACAAAAGGUUCUGACAAAGGUUUGUCUGUUUCGUAGUUGUAAAGAUAAAAUUUCUGUUUUUUUUUUUAGUGUUACAAUAAUUGCAAUACUCAUUCAGAAAAUUUCUGUCAACAUAGCUUAAACUGAAUAGGUACAUUAUAGAAUACAUUAGAAACUGCAGGAAAAGUAAGUAAAUGAAGAAAUCUUUAUGCAGGGAUGUGAAAGCAUUUGUAUUUUUUCAGCUUGCUGUCAGUUUUUCAUGACAAGUGAAUUAGUUAUUUUGCUAAUCACUUCAAAUGUUAGCAGUAAAUACAAAUGCUGUACAUUCCUCAGUGCUGAUUUGUAGAAAAAUUUGUUGCUGACUAGACUAGCUUUCAUGAAUGAGGUACUAAUACAGUUGGCCCCCCCCCCGUGUUCACAUUCUCCAGAUUCAUGGACUCACGGAUUCGCGGAUUUCUCUCUGGACUAUAUCUACCCAUUAUUUGCAGAAAAUUGCCUAUUCGCAGUAUUUUUCCAUGAGAAAUAUCCAGAAAUUCCUGGUUUUUUUUAUCAAUUUCAUCAUAAAAUAAACUUUUUGUGGUAAAACAAUUUAAAGAACCAGGUAUAAAAUUUUUUUUCGUUUUUUCUGAGUUUAACCUACCAAAAUAGGCCAUUUUCAGCAUUUUUAUAGGGGUUCCAACUAUUUGCGGAUUCUAACUAGUAUUCACGAGGGGGCAUCUGGUACAUAUCCCCAGCGAAUACAGGGGGACCAUUGUAGUCAUAUUUGAUCUGACCAUUUUGUUGACUGGAAAUUGUACUUUACACAUGAAAUUAUUUCCAAGACAUUAAAAUUCAUAUCCAAAAUUAUUUUCAUGUUUCUCAGCCGUAGGGAGAAGUACUUGAGGGAACUGCUAAGAUGUUAAAAUGUAAUAUGCUGAUUGACAUCAUUGUUUGGUAAUUGGUAUAUUUUAAGUCAUAACAGAACAAGAUGAUUAAUCGUUUGUUUAUUAUUGAGUUUAGAAUGAAAAAUAUUAUUAAUCACUUUCUUGGUUGUAUUCAAAUUGAGAAUGGUAAAGGUUUUAAAAUACAGUAAACAGCAUGUCAGGGGCUAGUCAAAAAAGCUUAGCAGUACAGAAAAAAGAAUUGGAAUUUCUGUAGAUCAAAAGGAUAUACAUUGUUGGAUGACAUAUCACCAUGUAUUAAGGAAAUGCGUUAACAGGGACUUUCAGAUUUAUGUAUGAUUUAGAAAGAAUAAGGAAAGAUAUGUUUUUGUAUGUAGCUAUGUCUUUUGGGUUCUAUUGCUUUGAGCAGCACAACUUUAUUUUGAUAAUAAUGUAGUUGUGUGUUAUCCUUUUUAUUUCACAUGUCAAUUGUUUCAAGUGUUUCUUCCAUUACUGUUUGUCAAGAAAAUGCGGAUACGGUAUAUAGGACUUAUUACCAUAAUUUUUACAAUGACUGUAUGACACCUUGUAUGUUUAGUGCUCUUGACAGACUGAUAUAUACUGUAUUACAAAGUUGACACCAUUUUCUGCCUUAUCAUAAGCGUCAGUACACCGUUUCUCAUAGCAGGUCACACAUUUGAGGAAUGACCAUCACUCACUGAAUUUCAAUCAACAACUCUUGAAUAUUUAAUGCCACAGCUUACCUCAGGUAUGUACUUUUAAUUCCUGUCAACAUUGUGAAUAAUGAAUGUCAUAAUUUUAUUUUACUAGUGCAUGAGACAACUUGUUAGCCACAGAGUAGGAAACACUUGCUCCAUCACUCUCGUUAUUGGAAUGUCUUUGUUACUGGUUGCAUAGGUUUUACUCUUUCACUGCAUUCCAUCUUUCAUAUUGUAAUUAAGAUUAUAAGAAGCACUUUGAUAGGAAGAAUUCUAAAUUUCUUUUUAGAAUACAUACAUUUUUGAGACUGUGUUGGCUGCAUUUUUGAACAUUGUAAUGUGUAAAUCCAAUCACUUUUUAUACAUAUCUACUGAAUUGUGUUGAUAUCUUGUUGAAAUCAUUUUGACUACAGUUCAUGUGCAUGAUGUUUGGAUUUUUAAUGAGCUUUGUCAGAUCUAACUUCAGAUUACAGUAGUUUGCCUAACAUGGUGAUAUUUUAUCAUGGACUUUGUUUUCAUAGGCCUAAAAGUUGUCUCUUCAUUAACUGUCACAGCUUGAUAUCACUGGGAAUGAGAUUGAAGGCAUACUAAAGGUUUGUACAUAACAGAUGUGUAAAUUCUGAUCAUAAACCCUUUUACUUACACUUUAAUGCUUACUUCAGACAAACAGCCAGGUUUGAUUUCUCUUGUGUGUUGGAAUAACAAUUGUAAAGUUUACCAGUACCACUGUGUCAGUCAUAAGGCUUUUACCCUAAAGAAUUUUUUGUAAUAAGGUGAGAAUUAGGGGAAACUAGCCAACCAGGUGGGAGGAGAUCAGUAGAACAGAUGAAGUAAAAGGCAGAAAGCAGUGCAGCUAAGUGACCCUGCUAGGAACCUCAGUUUUUAGUGUACAUGUGCAGUUGUAUUGGCCGUUUUUGAUUCACUUGUUCCCUGUGGUUUUCUGGGUUUUAUUUGUGUUCAUUUGUUUUAUUGCUUUGUUUUGUGUAGCAUAGCUGUAUUUUUCACAAAUGUACCUGAUAUGCAAUGAUGAACCAUACAAUAAAAAGCAGGACUUUGUUGUAUAAUGUCAUUUAUUACUAAAUAGUUAAUAGCUGUAUUUAAUCUUAAUUUAUUUUGUACUUUUGUGUAUAUUAGCAAGUGUAUGUGAUAUACCUUAUUUUAAGAGCAAACAGUACUGUACUGGAGUGUUAAGUGUUUAUAUUUGAAAUGUACUGGUUUGUACUGCAGAUCUUAAUAUUUGCAGCUCAAAGUUGUCCAGUUUUCAUGUUUUAAUAUGGAACAAGAGGAACCAUUUGCACAGCAAUUAAUAGCUAUAUAAAUUUGUUUGGGAAAAUAGUUUUAAGAGAAAAUUGGUUUAAUGUUGUUAUUAAAUCUAGUUUUUUCAAUAGAAAUGUUUUAGAUGUCAGUAGUUUAGAGAAGGUGAUCUUAACUUUUGGCAAAAGUACAGUAAUGGUAAAAAUGGUAUCUAGCAUGUUCUUGAUUAGAGAUUUUUUUUACAGGGCUAUGGUUAAUGUCAGAUAAGUUACCACUUCUCUAGGAAAAAAAGAUGUUGAUGUAUUUCACUGAUUAUGUCUGCCUUUACCAAACAGUCAGGAGAUAACGUCAUUGUUAAUUUUCAUAUCACUCUUACUGUCUAGCAUUUUCUGUCUUUCUCUGAAGUUACCAAAAAUAAGCAUAUUUUAUUCACCUGCUGCACAUCCUGAAAAUGGUAAUUUACAUUUUAUUGGUACCAAACAAACCAUUGCCUUAGAUACCUUUACACUUCUAGUGUUGAUCGUAUACCACAUACCUUAAUGGAGGAAUAUAAUGGUAAUCACUAGGUGAGGAUAAAACCCGCUUCAAUAAGGUAAAAAAUCCUGUGUCCCUAACAUGCUACCAUCACUAUAUCUGCUUCAGGUAAAUAUGAAGCUUAGGCUUGCCCCAGUAUAAGUUUUUCAAAGCACAGUUUGUAUUCCUGAGUCAUAUUUAUUCCUGAACAUCCUACCUGUUUAUAUCUAAGAUUAGUUUCAUAGGAGGCUAAGCGGGACCAUGAUAAGUAUUGUGCUCAUCAGUGGCGUAUAGCCUCUUCCCAUCUGUAAGUGCCCAAAUUUCAGUUAACAGAGAAUGAAAAAUAGUGGACAUAAAUUCUGUAAAGAAAUCUUUCUUGUAAUCAGAAUUGCUAAUAUCCAGUUGAAAACAUCUCUCUUUGGGAACCCAGAGUGAAUUUAUCUAGAUGACAGAGUUGUGGGACAUGACAAAAGGUAGAGUUUUUUGUGACAAGAAGUGUUUGGAGUUGGGUGAAAUUACCAAAGAUUUCAUGGUAGGAUUAAGUGUAGGUGGAGAACAAACUUCAACGGGUGUUCUUGGUUUAGAUAUGAAUGAGAAACUGAACAUUUACUGUGUAUGUGAGAAAGUUUGGAAAUACAUGGCUCACUCCAUUUGUGCUGGAUGAUUUAAAUAAUAAGAGUCAAUUAGAGAUUGUGUAUUUGAUUUGAAUGGUUUGUUGGAGAGUAUGGAAAUAAGAUUACCAUGUGGAAAUAUAUUCUAAGAGGACUUGCUGGGAAUAUAUAAACCCUCCCCCAAAAAAAUUGUUUACAUGGGAUGGAGAAUAUGGUGAAGAAAAGGGUUAACUAGUUUUUUUAUGUAUUUGUAUGUAGUAAUAGAUUGGAGAACUAGAUAUGGAUGUAAUGGUGAGAAGAGGUUUAGCUGAAGAGUUACCAUAGUGUCUUUCUUGAAGUAAAGACUCGUGUAGAUUGGCGUUUACAAAGUUGUCACAAAGUUCUUAGUUGUACCAAAGGGGACACAUGUCAUCAUCUAGGGAAGUCUUCUUUAUUAAAUGUAUGUGGUCAAUGCUUUGAACCAAAGAUUAAGGCUACCUAAGGUAAUUUGUUUGUAUCAACAUAAAUUUUGUAUGUAUUUCCACGUUCAGUUCAUAAGAUUAUUUUUUUCAUUACAUACUGUAUAGUUAUUGCUUAGCCUGUUUCUAUGUAUGGGAACAUGUUCGCUGCAAUUAUUCCAAAGUUUUUUUCGUUGUAACACUACAGUACUCUUAAAUGUAUUGUUUUGUUCCUUAUUUCGCAUGAGGAAAUUCCAUUCCUAAAUCUUAAUAUUGUAUUAUUGAAACUACUGAAGGAACAAAUUUAUGCAGUAAGCUUUUCCUAGUUUUUUUUAAGCAUGGUUCUUCUAUCUUUCCAAAUCUCCCAGUCAAGAGAAUAAAUGAGUGGGAUUCAUAGGACUUUUUGCUUGUUUUUAUGGCCACAUGAAUAAAGUCCAUUAUCAGACAUGACCUCUUUCAUUGAGUGAAUACAAGAAUUAUUAGUCUCUAAUGAAUUAUGUAUAGUUAAGUAAAAAAAAAAAAGCAGAUCAGUUAAUUGAGGAUCUUAGUUCUAGAUGGCUGGAAGACUUUCAGGGGUGAGGAUUGUGUCAUAUCAAGUGCUAAUAAGAUAGUAGCCUCUUCUUUUCUAUGUCAUUUUGACUUACAAGGAGUAUCGUAUAAUAGUUUUCAUGAUGUAACAAAUUACAUUUACAAAUUGAAGAAUUAUACCGAUUCACUUUAAUAUUAACGUUCUAGCAGUGAAUUAAGAGCCAUGUACUUUCCAGAAAUUAAUAAUUUAAUUUUAGAGUAGCCAGCUGCGGUAGUAAAGGAUGCUAUAAAACAGUUUUUUCAUUGUUACAAAAUUAUUCUAGAUUGUUAUGAUGGUUUCUUAUAAUUAUUGUAGUUGCUAAAAUAGCAAAUUUUCAAUCUUUGCUGCUGUGGGUGAAGAGGUUUUCAGGAAGUAUCCUUAUUCAAAUUAACAUGGUUCUGACAGAUUUCUAAAUGUUCACAAAGAUCUGAAAAUGAAGUAACGAUUGUUUGUAGUUAAUGAAGACACUCGCUGUAUCACUAAGUUGAAUGUUUAUUCUUGGUACUCUUAAUAUCAUACGUUAAUAUGAAUAUGAGUGGUAAAAAUGUUCUGUUGCAACAGAAUUCCAUCUACUAAAAGGAGCCCAUAAAAAUGCCAAAAUAUAGAAAGCAAGUACUAUAUUUUAGAGACUGCUUUCCCUCUCUUCAGGUGGGCAAUGAAUGAGAAAAGUUACAGAAAAGGCGGUAUGUAUACCAAGAGGUCCGUCCACAUGUAGCCAUUUCAAGAUGCCCCCAUUGAUAAUUCCUCUUUAAUCUUCUCAAGCGUUGGUUGAAGGAAAAUUUUAUCUAAGCUAUCUGAAUCUCAAGCACCUUUGAGAUGUUCAUUACUUGUCUUUGUUAGUCAAGGCUGACUAUCAUCUGGCUUUUGCACCGGCAUUUGCUGCUAUAAAUUAUAUGUGACAUAUUCCAGUCUAUU